GAGUGCUACUGCGGCUUCCCGCGGACGCUCCUCGUGCUGGUGGCGGGGGCCGCCGGUCUCUGUGGCUUCCUGGCGGGCCGGCAGCGCCCCGCGGAGAUCCACUGCGCAUCGACGGCGGCGGAGGUGAUCCACGGCUCGAUCGAGGACCUGGCCCGCGAGCAG